AACUUGCCCAUAAUAAAGCUGUAAUGACUGCUCUGGCGGAACAGAAAAUCGUCACGCAAAAGCUAAUUCGCCAGGAGUCAUUGGGAGCGCCAAUCGUAGAGCUUUUCCCACUUUCAAGUGAAGAAAGUCUAAAAGCGAUAGAGGAAAAAAUAUUGCCGGAGAAUCGGGAGAUUUACGUGUCCACCAUAAAGAGACUGCUGCAGCAAAGUGCCACCCGAAAUUUGAAGAAUAUAUUUGACGAUUCAGUUGUCCUCAGCCACAAUUUGGACGGGACGCACGGCAAGAAAAGACUCAAAACCUACGAGAAACUAUAUGCUAAGUGUCACACAAACACGUAUUUGUCGUUUGUUUCGGUGGCAGUUUCAUGCGAAAACGAUUUGCAGCACAUGCCCGUAUGUACCUUUAUAUGUGCAUUGAAUUCAACAAUAGCAAAAAUUGUUCUAUAUAGAUAUGAAUUGACAUAAAGAACUGAGUUUUUAUAUUAUAUGUUAAUACAAUUUUUUUUUAUUAUAAAAAUGUGAAAGUUG